AUGUCCUCCACGGACCACCCAUCUCCUCGAAUGUUCUCAAGACCAACCUAUCAUGAGCAUACAAUGUCCGCUUAUCCCAUACCAUCCUACUGUGUGCCUCGAGAAGGUUCCAUGGCGCAGGAUAAUGAACAUGUAUCAGCCUGUCUUUUGGAAGACUAUCGGCCUCGGAGAAGGAAGCAGAUGACGAGUUCUCUGUCUUUCAUGCCACCAACAUUUCCUCGGCCUGAGCAACUACCUGAGCACACGACUCUACAAUCAAGACGGCCGGCAGAGCGGGGUCCCAUCUGCAUUUCGCCUUUUCGUUCCGUGCGGAAGAUGAAGGAACCUUUCCAACUGCGCCUACCUGGCUCCCCUUCGUUGGAGAAUAUCACAGCCGCCGCAAGGGAGUCGAAAGCGGCACGGCCAAUAGAAUCGCGUCCAUCCACAUCGUCAACGUACUUCUCACCCAAACCGGAUUCUGAGAUGGAGGCGGGUGAGAGACGAAUGAAACAUUGCGGUUGUAUUCCUGAUUUCAACUCAUGCGACGCUUGCGACGGUGCGCGCGGUAAGGUUUCCAAAGCAGAGGAAAGGGCGACACAGGAACCAACCAAUGUCCAUGCGGCUUACUCCAACCUGGUCAAACGAUGUGAGUCCGACGAGGGACGAUUCACACCAGCCUCCACUGAUUCGGAACGAACAUUAUCGCCUUCUGAAUUCUCUGAUAUUGAGCCACCAGAGCUAGGGAGAGCUUCUAGCUGUGCUGUCACGGCUCAGAGAAGCCGGACAGGAACGGUUUCAAGCAAGGGAAGUAGCUGGAUGCCGAGUAAUCUCUCAUACUUUGAGAGAUGGCUUCAAGGUGUUCCGGGGACGCUAGAUGUCAAGGACGAGAGGUCAAAAGAACUGAACCGGAGAAAGUGCCAGAUAGUCCAAAACAGUCCUCCACGCCUGGAACGCAAACGUGAGCUGGAGGCUACAGAUGAAGCUGUGAUUCUUGAUCUCACCAGCUGCAGCAUAACUAAGCCCAAACUGGUCGAUAUAUCCCGACAGUCAUCUCCCGCCAUGAGCCACACGCUUCCGAAUACUACACAGCAUCCAGUCCCUUCCACUCCCGACAUGCGCCAACAAGAAAUAUCUGCAUUCAGCCCUGACACUCCAUUGGAGAUGUCAGAUAGUGGUUAUGUUACCCAUAAUUCCUGUUACUCGCCAGACGAGUUCCAGGAUGACAAGGAGUCGCAUUAUACAGAUUCCAUUUCAACCCAUUCAGAAACAGCGAGCGAAACUAUAGUGUGCGAGAAGCUGGUUCUCAAAGAAGGUCCAUCUUUCUCGCCACCCAAACCGAAGCCUGGGACUAGAGCCGACUCUCCGCCAAAGAGCCAAACCUCCCCAGCGCGGUCGUCCAAUAUGUCAGAGAAGGAAGAGCGAAGGUGGUGGGACCAUGAAUGGACGAUCGAACAGCUGGAGCAGUCCGUUAAAGAUUUCCCACGGAAUAUGUUGAAGCUUACGUCGCCUGUCAUAAUGUUCCUUCGUCAAAACAACGAGAAGGCAUUGAUUCGACCGUUUCGCAAAAUAUUCCCAGACGUCGCGGAAAACCUGCUUGACUGUCUCUGUGCCGUCCUGAUAGCACGAAACUAUGUGGCCUCGUUGGCGUCAACCCACCGCGGGACCAGCAGCUUAUCCUAUCGGUCGACAUUAUCCCGAUUGGAUUCAGUCCCUGAGAAGCCUAGCUCAACGCCAGCAACGCAAUUCACUCCAACAUCGCCGUCCCGUAUCAGAGACCGCGUGCUGGGACCGCGAAGUACAGAGCUUCGUACAGACUUAGAUCGAAUCGUUGACAACCUGCUGUUCGCAGUGAGCGGCCGGUCUGAUGAAACAUUGAAAUCCGCUGUACUCGUUCUAGCCCAGGUGCUUGAAUCCAAAGCCUAGCUUUGUUGUAAGCUGGACUCUCGAUCUUUUUCCUGUUUUCUCAAUCUUCUUUUCGUCAUGUUAUCUCGAAUGACUUUCAUGCCCUUAUGGUGAGCAUUACAGGUACCACCGUCGGUCUUAUAUAUUUGCUUUAUUCCCUCAAUUUCCAAUCUCUCUCGAAUAUGUCGUUCACUUGCUGUUUAGACCAUUGCGUUCUAUAUACCUGCCACUUGGAAUCCAAAUUUGGCACGCUUUUCAUUUGUGAAGUAUAUCAUUGGCGGCUGUGGCUGGUGUAUGAUUAAAGAGAAGAUAGUUAAG